UUUUCUUUCCUUCCAAUCAAUUGAUUGUCUUUCCCAAUUUAUUGUCAUUAAUUAACAGUAACAAAUUAUCACAGUUCCAGGCUAAUAACAAGUAAUCAAAUCGAUUGAAUUGUUGGAACAAUUGAAAGAACUCAAUUUUCCUUAGUGUGUCUUUUAACUAAAUUGUGAGUUUAUCUUUAAAAGGAAAUCAUCAUGACGCCGGUUGAGCUCAUCGACUGAAUAGGAACCAGAAUCUUCAUCGCUCAUCAUUCAAAUGAAAGUUUUUCUCUUUUUCUUUCUCCUUUUCUUUUAAUUUCUUAUUCCCAAGCCCAUUAAUCAACCUUGAAAUCUAUGAAUCUGUUGUCACUAUGAUUCCAAUUUUUCUCCAACGAGAUGACAUCGUUUAUUUUUCUUUCUAUCGUUUUAAAGGGUAAAAAAAAAGGUAAACAUGAUAGGUAAAUUUUUCUCAUGUAAAUGUUUACUUACCUAGAGGGAAAAAAAGAAAGAAACAAAUUUUACCAAAGAUCGAGUUCAUUUUAACUGAAUUGAUUGAUUAUUGGUAAAAGACCAUUGGUCUGUAAACUUUAGACAGGAUUGAAAUCGGCAUUUGGUCCUUGUCACAUUGGGACGAUUGGAAAAAAACUUUUAUCAUGAGAAUGAAGAUUCAAAAUACUCUUUUUGUUAUCUUGAUUACUCAUUUUCUACAACAGAUCCUAUUUAAUUUCCAUCAUAUGGUAAAUAAUCACUGAGAAAAUAUCUCAUGAAUUUUCUGGUGAGACAAUUUCGAAGAGGCCGAAAAAGAAUCACCAGCAAACAAAUUAACAUCUCGAUUUCAGAACGACCUUAAUUCAAUUUUUCCGUCGACAACCAUUGGAGGUUAAACGGAGAAAAGUGUUUUUAAAAUUCCCUGAAUUAUUUCAAGAGAGAAAUUUAAUAUUUAUAAAUAUUUCAAAUUCUGGACUUUUUUAUCGCUGAUUUCAUGGUAAAAGCAAUAAACCAUAAUGAUAAAUCAUUUAAAUGGGCAAUUAAUUUGCCAAAGUGAGAAACAUUUGAAACAAUAACAUGAAACAAGCGUUACUUUUAUGAGGCUCAUCAUUUAUUGAUUAAUUUUGCGAGAAGAAAAAAAUUAAUAACUGUUUAUGUAUCAAUUCAAAUUGUUAUCAGAUCAAUAAUGAGGAAAUUGAUUUUCUUUGUCAGAAUUGUCAAUGUCAAAUGAUUAAUCAAAUUGUUCACUAAUUGUUUUCCAAGAAAAACACCGGUAACACGAUUAUAAUUGAUUAAUGAAGACGAAACAAUAACAUUGAAACAAAUGAAUUGUUGUCUAACAUAAUUGUCUGAACUAAUUAAUUAACAAUCAGUUACAAAUGUCGUUUUUAAAUUAUUAAUUGUAAAUCAACAAUCAUCAUGAAAAGAUCAACUAAUAUUUUCCUAACAGUGACAAUUAGCUUAAUUGCUGCAACAUUGGUCAGCACAAUUAAUGGACAAUUCAAUCCCUACUAUCCAAAUAACUUUUACCCGAAUAACUAUUAUCCAAACUACCCUGGUUAUCCCAAUUACCCCAACUAUCCUAACUUUAAUCAAGGUCAAUGUCCACAAAAUCUGAUGGCACCAACAAAUGGAUUUAUGUCCAACAAUUGUAUUGGUACAAUCGGAUAUACUUGUAGCUUUUCCUGUGCUUCGGGUUACACUCUGUCCGGCUCAUCUUCGGUUACUUGUUUAUCCCCAGGCUAUUGGUCAUCAUCAGCACCAACCUGUACAUCAUCAUCUAGAAGAGUAGUUGGUUAUCUAUCUUUCCCGAAUCGAUGGGGUUAAUUGUCGCCCAAACACCAUGAUAAAAAGUCUCCGAGAAGUAAAUGAAAUGAUAAACAAAAUUUGUCUUCUCUUUUUAAGAUUGACACUUUAUUACAUAUUAAUCUUUGAUAAUCCAUUUGUUGUUGAUGUGAUU